AUGCCUGGAGACAUCACAACGCAUCACGACGACACAUCGUCAUCGGGGUCAAGCGACCAUGAGGACGAACACAAGGGACCUCCCGGCGGCUACGACAAAACUCCCCUCCCCGAUGCUCCUCAAGGAUACACCCUGCGCUUCGUCUUUCACUCGGCCUCAAAUGUCCCCGUUGCCGAUCUGCAUACGGCAUCUUCAGACCCCUUCCUGGUAGCCACGCUCAAGGGAACGCAGCCAAAACGCCACAAAGAAGACCCGGACCUCAAGUACAGGACACGCACCAUCCACCGAACCACCACGCCAGAAUGGAACGAAGAAUGGAUCGUGGCCAACGUGCCCCCCGGCGGCUUCACUCUCAAGUGCAGAAUGUAUGAUGAAGAUGUUGCCGACAAAGACGACAGGCUGGGCAACGUGACGAUCAAUGUCGAUUCCGUCUCUGAAGACUGGCCCGGCAUCCCUCCCCCGGGGCAAGAGUUUGAGGCCAAGAAGCGCGUUAUGAGCAAACGAGCCUUUAUCCUCAAAGGAAUCGCCAGCGCCAUCAGCCACGGAACUCAUCUCGCCCCCCGUCUGCGCAUCAGCAUCCAAGUGCUGGGCAAGUCGGAGCCUCCCUUUGCGCAGAUGUGCACCUUGGCCCCGACGCGAUGGAUCAAGCACAACAGUCCCAUGAUUGGUCGCCUCAUCGGAGCAAAGGUGAAUACAAAUGAGUCUGAUGACGAGAAACCCAACGGCGAGGACAACGAGCCCCGGUCGACAAAAUACGACUUCCAGGCAAACGAGAUACAGCUGCAAGGUCCUGUGCCACCCACGCUCUACCACCGCUACGUGGAAUUUCGACCAGUUAUCGGCUCGCUCUUCUCAUCCACCGGUAUCCGGGGAACCAUUCUCAACAAGGCCCUGCACAAGCAGCACCACAGGAUCUACAACUACGACAGCACCACCGAAUACGGCACUUUCAAGCCAUGCUCCAGGGAAGCCUCGCUCCAGUUCCUCCGGAUGGUGCAUUUCGACGAAGGCGGCCGCGUCUUCACCUACGUGCUCACUCUGGACGGCCUCAUGCGCUUCACCGAGACGGGCAAAGAAUUCGGCAUCGAUUUCCUCAGCAAACACACCAUGCACGCCGAUGCCGAAAAGUACAUUGCCUACUCGGGAGAAUUCUUCAUUCGCAGACUGCAGCACCCGGAUGCCAACGACAGCCCCGAGCCGAAGGAGAAGACGCACCCGUCCGAGCCUAUUCCCGGAGGUCCGCCAAACCAGCCGCCGCCGCCAAACCCUGCUUUCUACCAGCUUUACAUUGACAACGAGUCUGGAACAUAUCGUCCGGAGAAAUCCAUUUUGCCAGAUCUUAAAGAGUUCCUGCAGAAGAACUUCCCCGACAUGGGCAUCGUCACUAUGAAUGUCGAAGACGAGCACCUGCAGAAGCUCAAGGACGAGCAGCGGGCUAUCAAGAAGAGCGAGGGCCGCAUGAUGCACGUAGUCAUGAACAGCAGCUCCGACAGCCUCAGCUCUGUAGAGAGCGAGCUAAACGACGAAAACUACAGUUUGGAGGCAGGACGGAGGAGCAAGAAGGAGGCGGCACAUGCAGUCUUGAGACAUCCCAAUCCGGAGCAUUUCAAGGAGGCUGCGGAGGUGAUGCUGCCACAUCGCGAGAAGAAAGUAGAGUGA